GGGUAAGCAACGAACUCCUCCUGAUUCGAUUUGAGUUUUGCGAAUCCUCCAGUUUCCUUAACAAGUCAAGAUGGACACAAUGAGGUCGGGGAACGCAAAUGUGGUCGAACGAUGUCGUAAGCUUGCGGUAAUUGUAGACUAUGCACAUCUUAGUUGACAACUCGUAUCGUAAAUUAAAUAGCCUAUCCACGGUCACGAUGGUUUAGAAUUCUCUUUAGGCUGCACCCAAAAUUUCUAUAGUCAAACACACGGGGUUGAAUAAACCACAUUGAUUAGUUCAAAAAAAAAAAACCACAUUGUCCGUUGAAAUGUUGCACGCGAGUGUUUAAACUCAUCCAGCCAGAGAUCAGCUGUGUCCUGAUCCCUGAAUUAAUUUAGUACCCCCAGCAAGAAACCGUCCCUCUUCCACUGUGGGAGCUUCAGAAUGGAGGUGCUCCUGUCUGCAGUUCUUGGUGAUCUUGUGAGUAGAUCCAUAUCCUUCUUAGUUGACAAAUACUACCAGCAGAAGAUGGGCAUGGGGGUGGAUCUGCAAUGCCUGCGCCACUUGCUGCUGCGGAUCGAGGCAACUGUCCUGGAGGUCGAGGGGCGGCACAUCACAAAUCGAGCGAUGCUCCAGCAGCUUCAGAUGCUAAGAGAAGGCAUGUACAAGGGAUACUACUUGGUUGAUACUAUCAAGAAUGGAGUGCUUCAGCAUGAGAUGGUCAAUGAUGAGGUUGGUGAUCACUCAUUUUCCUUUCCCAAACUCAGACCUACCAAGCGGUUGUGUUUCUCCACUAGGACGUUCACCAUGGCUUUUCAAGGUGAGGAUAGGAAGGAGGUGGGAGAGAUGCUUUGUAGCCUACUGAGUAUCACUGACGAUAUGAAAGAGUUUCUUGUUUUCUUGAAGGGAUAUCCUCACAUACACCGCCAACCUUAUAGCCAACAUUUAAUUUUGGAAAAAUGCAUGUUUGGUCGCCAAGCAGAAAUAGAGAGGAUUACCAAUUUCUUGUUGCGAGAAUCUCUUGGGGCAGAAAGUUUGGGAGUUCUUCCAAUAAUAGGUCCAGCAAGAGUUGGGAAAAGUACUCUUGUUGAGCAUAUUUGCUAUGAUGAGAGGGUACGCAGUUUUUUCUCUUCUAUUGUUUUCUGUAGUGGAAGUGAUAUCGGAAGCAAAAGCUUUGCUGAUCUCAGAGAUAGUGGCAUAGUCAAGCAUCAAAGUUGUGUUGCACAUGAACGGUCACUUAUCAUCAUCGAAUUUAUUGAUGAUGGCGAUGUAGAUGAGGAAAACUGGAGAAGAUUGUACUCUUCAAGAAGCUGCAUACCACAUGGGAGUAAAAUUAUUAUUACAAGUAGAUCUGAAAGGUUCAGGAAUGUUGGAACAACUCAACCUCUUGAGCUAAGUUUGUUGCCUCAGGAGGCCCAUUGGUACUUCUUCAAGGUGCUUGCCUUUGGAAGCACAAACCCUGUGGAGCACCCAUUUCUAGAAUCAGCAGCUAUGGAAAUGGCAGCAGAGUACAGAUGUUUUGUAGCUGCUAAUUUCGUUGCUUCAUUAUUCAGAGCUAAUUUUUGCACCCAGUUUUGGCAUUUGUUCCUUAGAUGUCACAGAAACAUCGUUGAGAAACAUGUCAUUCUAUUUGGUGAACAUCCAUACACUCUUGUUCAAAAAAAUCACGGUAUAUAUCUUGUUGAAAAUUUUAGGGAUCCAAAAUUCAUUCUAGUCAAUGGCUAUAAAACAUGUCUCAGGGAUGAUGAUCCUAAGGUAAUGCUACAUGAAGUCCAUACUGGAACUUCUAAAGCUCAUGGAAAAUUUGAGGUCCUAGUAUGGAGAUCACGCAUACCUCCCUACCAUGAGUUCGUAAUGAGUUGUGAAGCACAAGCACAGCAGCAUAUAAUAUUCAAGAGGAAGCGGUUUUUGGCAUAGGGGAGUUUGACUUGGUAUCAGGUCGUCCAUGGAUUAUAAUUAUUAAGACCAGUUGAUAAUGUUAAGUAGGCCAUCUGCCACAUGCAUGAUACACUACCUGUGCACACUGUUCAUGCGCGUGAAUGGAUACGUUCUGGUACUCUAGCAACAGUUGUUAUGUUAGAAACUAAUUAGGCUGAAUUGCCAGUGAUAAGCGUUUUGGAGGUCAAGCCAUCUGAUCCACAUAAGGAUGGGUUGUAUCUAUUUUUGUUAAGCAAACAAUAUGAAAGAAUCAAUCAUUUAAUCUAGUCUCCUCACAUGUAUAUUCAACUCAUAGACAGUUAUGAAGGAACAACUAUAAUGUGUAUGAAUAAUAUGUAAGAUGGCAUCUCUCAUUUCUUCAAUGAAAUAUAUAAUCUUGUCCAUUUUCGGAAUA